AUGCCAUCAACCAUCAGUCUCCGCCCGCCUCCAACCACUGGGCCCCGCCAAGCCGACUUUACACCACCAACCAUUGACUGGCUCUCCGGUACAUGGCACCUCACCCACUCAACCCUUUCCAUGUGGAAAAGCAACCGCAAUGUCACAAUGAAUUACAGUAUUGUCCCUGCUCUGAACGCUCAAGACCCGCCCAACAAGCUCGAUGAUACCACAUCUUACCAACCCCUCACUUCCUCCAAAUUCAAAACCAUUAACGGCGGGGAUACGUGUGUAUUCAAGGACAAAGGAGGGAAACCAGGAAGCAGUGGUGAGAGACAUCGCAUUGGGAGUGUUUGGGCUAUGGGGAUCUUGAGGACAUGA